AUGCCGUCGAGACCAGAACCCAUGCGUCGUACAGAAUUUCCAUCUGGUCCCUGGCAACAUAUUGCUGUAGGUUAUCUUGGAUUACCUUCAGGUGACUACAUGUUGGUGUUUGUAGAUUAUUAUUCGCGCUGGGUUGAAGUGGUUACAACAAAAUCCACGACGUCUGAGAAAACGAUCAAGAUGUUUAAGGGAGUAUUCUACACUCAUGGGAAUCCAAUAAGUGUUACAACUGACAACGGACCACAGUUUAGGAGUGAACUUUUCAAGGAUUACCUUAAACAGAAUGGUAUCGAGCAUCAUUGUACAACUCCCCUUUGGCUACAAGCCAACGGAGAUGUUGAGCGUCAGAACAGGUCAUUGAUGAAAAGAAUUAGGAUUGCUCAGACAGGGUAA